AUGUCUGUCCAGCAAGGCCAAACCCCGCCCGAGAACGCCAUGGCCGGCGUGCCAUCACACAUUCGGGACGUCCUCUCCCGACUUCACGCCCAGUCUCUCGCGCAAGAGGCCAAGAUCUCGCCCAGCGACUACACCAAGCCCACAGCCGCCGACGAGAUGCGCGACAAGUUCAUUGCGCUGGAAGAGAACAAGGCGCAGUACGUGUACACCCUGUGCCGUGCGACAGGCGCGCGCAACAUCGUCGAGGCGGGGACGUCGUAUGGCGUGAGCACCAUCUACCUGGCGCUCGCCGCGGCGGCGAACGCCAAGGCCAGUGGCAAGAAGGCUCGCGUGGUGGCGACGGAGCAUGAGCCGACCAAGGCAGCCAAAGCUAGGGAGUAUUGGAAGGAGUGCGGCGAGGAGAUCACGGACGUGAUUGACCUGCGAGAAGGCGACUUGCGCGAGACUCUGAAGCAAGAUCUUGAAGAUGUAGACCUGCUACUGCUGGACAUCUGGACUCCCAUGGCCCUGCCGACUCUCAAGGUCGUGCAGCCCAAGAUGCGACCUGGCGCGGUCGUCAUCACGGACAAUACCAUCGGCUCGGCAAAGGGCUACGAGGAGCUUCUCAACUACCUGCGCGGUCCCGAGAGCAAGUUCAUCAAUCUCACUCUGCCCUAUCACAAGGGCCUCGAAAUGAGCGUCUAUCUGCCAAAUUGA